UGAAUAUAAAAUGGGUGGAUUUCUACAGUGUGUCUCACAAGGAGAUCUUACAGCAACAAAACAGUUUCUAGAUAAUGGACAAGAUAUUGACAAGACUGAUGAUUACGGGAAUACAGCUCUACUCCUGGCAGCAGAGAAAGGAUUUACUCCGAUAGUUCAAAUACUACUAGAUUAUGGAGCGAACCCCGAUACAGCCAGCACUUCUAUUGGUUGGACUGCCCUUCACUAUGCGGCUUAUGAAGGACAUGCAGAGGUUGUGGAUUUACUUCUGAAAAAUGGAGCAACUCCAGACCUGGUGGACAAAUCAGGAGAUACAGCUCAAUCCUGGGCAGAAGAAUGGGAAAAUACAGAAUGUGUAAAUUUUAUCAGGAGAGCUAUAGAGAAUAGAGAAAUAUUAAAGAUGAAGUGUGUGAAUCUAAAUACAGAUAAUAAAGAAUUGGAUUUAAAGAACCAACAAAAAAUAAUUAGAUAUCAAGAAACUACAUACAUUGAGCAUCAAGAGUCAGAACAACAUGGUGAUACAUUUACUUGCAAAGACAAAGAAUCAGCUAAAAGCAAAGACCUAGUAAGAGAUAACAUUGAAAAUCAAGAGAUUGUCAAUAACAUAAAUCUCACAGAACAAGAAGACUUUAAUUCUAAAUCAGCAGCUGAUCUAGAUAGUCCCGACUCUAAACUUAACGAAAAAGAAAAUGAGAACAACGAAGAAACCCCAAAAACCAAUGAAACCCAAAAAAAUAAAGAUGAGGAAAUUGAAAAUUCUCUUUUAAGACAUUUUGAAAAUCAAACAGAGUAUGAAGGCAAUACGUUGGACAAAGAAACAGACUUUGAUAAUGAUAAAGCUUUAGAGAAAAACUAUGAAUCUUUUAAUUACAUUGGUAAUGCAAAUGCUGAAAAAAAUGAUCAAGAGAGUGUUGAUGAUAUUGCAAAAAAGAACAGCCCUUCACAUUUUGUUGAUUUUAUUGAUCAAGAAAUAACUGAUUACAAGGAUGGUUCCCAUUUUGAUGAUAAAGAUCAUCUAUUUCCCUCCCCUCCUCCUCCUCUAACUAUUUCAACAACUGUAUCUCCUACUACACCUCCUUCCCCACCUCUACAAAAUUCUCCACUUCCACCUCAACUGUCUCCACCAUCACCUCAAUUCCAAUCUACUCCACCUCCAUCUCCCUCACCUCCUCCUUCUCCUCCCCCCAGCCAACAUUAUCUACCUCCUACCCCUUCACCACUUUCACCUCCUAUACCUCCACCUCCAUCUCAAACCCAACCUUCUCUACCUCCAUCACCUUCCCAACCUCCACUGGCCCCCCUACCUCUUCCUCCACCACCACCUCCUCCUCCACCACCACCUCCUCGUCCAGACUGUUCAACGACCAGACCAAAACACCCCCUUCAUACUGGCGCUGAACCAGACCUCCAUAAAGACCUCUUAGAUGAGCUGAAAAACUUCACAAAGGGUGGAGGAAGAAAGAACAAGGUUAGGUCGGAUGGAGUCCAAAUUACAAUCACUCUCCCUAAACCUAUUGUAAAGGAUAAAAUCUCUAACACACAGGUAGCAAGCAUCUUGUCAGAAAAUGUCCAGUCAAUCGUAGAUAAGCCAGAUAAGGUCCCUAAUAGUGUCAGCACGAUCAUUGAUAAACCAGAGGACUUCCCUAAAAGGAUCAGCUUAGUUAUUGAUACUCCAGAAAAUGCACCUGAAAAGGCUCAAGUUUUGCUGAAUCAAAUGAAUAGCCAACCCCAAAUUAAUUCAGAAACUUUAAACUUGGAAGAAUCAAAAUCAAAACCACAGUUAUCAGAGAAUUCAAGUAGUAGUAUUGCCUUGAAGGAUAGGUCUGUAGAAUCUGAUGCCAAACUUCAGGGCACCUGUAGCUCCUUGAAGGUAACCAAAUACAUUGACUCAGCUAGUUCGGAGUUGGAAAGAAGAAGAAACCUUAGAAAACAAGAGCUGGAAGAUGAUUCUGAUGAUGAUUUUGUGGAAACUUACAGAAGAAGCAAACAGCGCACACCGAAUAAUUUCAGCAUUGUGGAUAGAAUCAGAAAUGAUUUAAGGUCUAAAUCUAAAUCUCCAGAUGUUCCUCCUGGUUUGGAGCCAGUAUCAAUCUUACCAGAGGAAUUAAAGACAUUUUCAGAAUUCUCUCAAUUUCUCUCUGUCCCUAGCAAAUCUUCGGAACUACAAAAUGUUCAAGACCUGACUCCAGAAAAAUCAAAUCACCACCAGAAGUCUCCGAAACACCAAUCAAGCCAAAACAGAAGUUCGAUAACAUUAUACAACCAAUCCAAAUCUGUUAAAUCUCCUGAAAACUCCAAAUACACAAACAGUACUCAUAGAACCUUAUCUCCUGAACUAGAGACUUCAUUAAAAAGUAAUAUUAAAAGUGAUAAUGAUACUGCCUUGGGGAAUUCUAGAUCCACAAAACCGGAUAAAGAUGUGGCUGGUCAAUCUUCAUCAUCAUACCAUCAAAGCAAUGAUUGCAAAACAAAGCUCAUCAAAGGGAUGGAAGAUAAGAAUGAAUUUGACGGAAAUAUGAAAGAAAAAGAGAAAUUAUCCACAGCUUCAAGAUCUGGCAGUAGAUCAUCUAACCUUGAUCAGGGUCGGAAAGGUCGACCUAUGAAGGAGCUGGAACGUAUUCAUGUACGGGAGCGAAUAGAACGAGAAAAAUCCCUGAUCAGGGAUAUUUCACAGAGCCGAGAUGUUCCUGCUCCUCUUGCGCUGAUGAAACAACUUGUUCGAAUGUCUUCAGGAAAUGUAUCUGAGGAACUAAGAGCUAGUUGCUCAAAUAUCUUGACCAGAGGAGAAUUUUUGACGAAAGAGAACAAUGAGAAGGAAUUUUUACUAAAGAGACUAGAUCAACUAAUGUCAGAGGAAAAACAACAGCUGACAGCUGACCUUCAUGCUAGAAGAAAACAGCUGAAGGAGACAAGAGAACAGCAUGAGAAAGAAAAAAUAGUUCUGAAUACAAAACAUACUAGCAAGAUACAGGACUUGAUAACACAGCAGGAAAGGGAAAUUGUUAGACUUAGGAAAACAUACAGGUGUAGUUUAGAUUUUACUGAAGAGACUGGAUCAACUAAUGUCAGGUGUAGUUUAGAUUUAUGCAGCAGCUUUUACGAGGCUUAA